AUGGCCUCCCUCAGAAACCAGGCGGCGACCGCUCCCCGGCUCCUCCGCACCGCGACCCUCGUCCCGGUCCGCCAGGCCGUCGCCAUGUCGCAGCGGCGCCUCUCGUCGUCGGGCGCCGGGGCGAAUUCGGGCGGCCCCCGCCAGAGCAGCAGCGCGGCCCUCGAGCCGUCGGCCGCGCCGGAGGAGCGGCCGCGCAACGCCCCCGACUACGGCGCGCCCAUCGACAGCGCGACAUCGACGUUCACGCCUGUGCCGAAGCGCGUGAUGGACGGCACCAACGAGGACGGCGUUCUCCCGGCGGCGCUCAUCUCGGGCGCGCCGAUGGAGCUGCAGGCGCGGGCCGUCCGGAUCUACCAGCCGUCGAAGCCGGCGACGCAGUCGGGGACGUGGGGCGCGCACCACUGGCGCAUGGACUGGGACGUGCUGGCGCGCGGCCACCGGUGGGAGAAUCCGCUCAUGGGCUGGCAGUCGUCUGGCGACUACCUGCAGGGCACCAAGCUCGAGUUCCGCACCAAGGAGGACGCCAUCGCCUUCGCCCGCAAGCAGGGCUACGAGUACUUCGUCCAGGAGCCUAACGUCCGCACCUUCGCCCCCAAAGCCUACGCCAACAACUUCCUCUACUCCCCCAAGAAGCUCAAGCUCAUCCGCGCCAAGUAA